AUGCAUCUUUCAACGCGUAGCAAGUUACUCGCGAUCGCGUUAAACUGUCUUUACGUUCCCCUCCUAGUUCGAGGUCUACCAUACAAUGUCAACGAACUAGUUGUCCGCGCAGAUGUUGUGGAUUUGGACCCCACUGUCGACGAUACAACCGGUGCCGACGAUGACGGGACAACCGCUGCAACAGGCACACAAGACGCGGGAUCUGACACAUCAACGGAAUAUGACUGGCCCUGGCCCGUCAUUCCCGACUCUGGUGCACACAACGGAAUAAGUGAGGGUCUCGACUCGGCCGGACGGCCCUACAUCAACUACGCCUUGAACACAAUCGAGGGCGCCAUACCGGCCGAGCGUCGAAGUCCUGUCUUUUUCACGGAUGUGAAACCGCCUCCGCCUGACAAUUUUGUGGAGGAACACCUGGGCGGCAACGGAUGGGACUACUUUGAUGCGUUUCCCGAAGGCUGGGAGAUUCAGAGUAUUGGCUCAUUGUCAAUAGAGCUUCAAAUGGUAAGCAUUCUCAAGGACAUUCCACCAGCAGGAAUGAAAACUAACAGAGUGUCUUCAGCCAUGGCUCGAAGCAACAUGGAGCCCGAAGUCUUCGUCAGCAUGGACUCAGAAGGCGGCACUAGAAGCGUGUUCAACGGGGUUCAAACCUAUGAUGGUAAAGGCGACAUUGAAAACGAAGCUACAUGGAAGCCUACAAAUAAGGGCGUCGGCCAAAUCUUUUACCAAACCGAACUUCCCGUCCUGAUGCGCAACCCCAACACCAAAAAGAUCACUGCAUAUAAGAAGAACGACCAAGGCAAUUACGAGUUCACGACGCAGUGGGACGCUAGUUUGCCCCGCUCCAAUCCCAACUACAAACCUCGAAACUACCUUCCCGAAAUGCCGCUUGAUAGCGCGAGCGGAGGACCCCGGCUCGUUCCAUUCUCCACGCCCGAUGGUCAGGCGCCGCAGCGUUGGGACGAUGGGUAUAAUCAUAAGUAG